GCAGCACCUGUGGCAGCCUGUGCCCCAACAAACCCCCCACCCCAUCACCUCACAUGCCUGGCACAGGAACAAAGGAGAAAGACAACACGCAGUCGGUGUCUGAACCAACAGGCGAUUCAUCGAACCUGGUGCACACUGGAGAACGGCCAAAACGGAUUGGCCCAAACAAUUCUGAUUAUCUGCAGUGUCGGUAAUUGGGAAGUCAAUGUGAGAGAGAACAAGUUUCAGGGAUACAGGGAAGUAAGGAAUUGGAACCGAUGAGAUUGUUCUGCUGGGAGCCGGCAUGGAUCAGAUGGGCCGAAUGACCUCCUUCUGAGUUAUAACAAGAAGGUGCUUCGACAGAGCUGGGAUGAGGAGUGGGCUGCCGUAAGCAGGAGGGACGUUCCGGCUGGGAGACAGAAUCCCUGUGCUCUCUUGGUCUGCAGGCUAAGUGGUGACCCCACCCACCAGCAUGGACUUCGGGGGGCUGGAGACGGUGGUGGCGAACUCGGCCUACGUGGCGGCCAGGAGCAGCAUGGACGCCGGCUCAGCCUUCACCGCGCGGGACAAGAAGAUGCGGGCGCGGCUGAAGCUGCCGCCGGUGUCCCAAUGCCAGGGGCUGAGGGACCAGGUGGACCUGACCUUCCAGAGCAUCUGCUGUCGCCAACCCAUCGGCAAGAAGCUCUUCCAGGAGUACCUGGGGGGCACCGAGCGGUUCCAGAUGGCCGCCGGGCUGUGGCAGGACAUGGAGGACUACGGCACCAUGGAGGAGUCCGGCCGAGUGGCCCAAGCCCAGAGCAUGGUCAACAAGUACUACCAGAGCGGCUCCCAGGACUUCUGCUCCUUCCUGGACGAGAAAACUGUCCUCCGGGUGAAAGAGGACCAGGGGAACGGCCACGCCGAGCUCUUCCGUGAGUCCAAGAUGCAGCUGCUGAGCUACCUGGAGACCCAGGCAGCCGAGGGCUACAAGGCCAGCCCGUUCUUCCUGCGCUUCCUGCAGUUCAAGUGGCUGGAAGCUCAGCCCGUGGGUGAGGAGUGGUUCACGGACUUCAGGGUCCUGGGCAAGGGGGGCUUCGGGGAGGUGUGCGCCUGUCAGAUGAGGGCCACCGGCAAGAUGUACGCCAACAAAAAGCUCAACAAGAAGCGGCUGAAGAAACGGAAAGGAUACGAGGCGGCCAUUGUGGAGAAGCAGAUUCUGGCCAAGGUUCACAACCGUUUCAUCGUUUCGCUGGCCUACGCUUUCCAGACCAAGUACGAGCUGUGUUUGGUGAUGACCCUGAUGAACGGCGGUGACCUGAGGUUCCACAUCUACAGUGUCGAUGAGAAGAACCCAGGCUUCGACGAGUCGCGCGCACGUUUCUACACCGCUCAGAUCAUCUGCGGCCUGGAGCACCUCCACCAGCACCGCAUCAUCUACAGAGACCUCAAGCCCGAGAACGUUCUCCUUGACGACGGAGGUCACGUGCGGAUAUCGGACCUGGGACUGGCCACAGUGCUGAAGGAGGGUCGCGACCAGACGAAGGGCUACGCCGGCACCCCUGGAUUCAUGGCCCCGGAGAUGCUCAGAGGGGAACAUUACAACUUCUCCGUGGACUACUUCACACUCGGGGUCACGCUGUACGAGAUGGUGGCAGCAAAAGGGCCGUUCAGGAUCCGCGGAGAGAAGGUGGAGAAUCAGGAGGUGACACGGAGGAUCCUGAGUGAUGCAGUGCAGUAUCCACCGACAUUCAGCGCAGACUGUAAGGCGCUGUGUGAGGCUCUCAUGGCCAAAGAUGCAUCCCAGAGACUCAGCUUUAAGGACGGGAACUGCUCGGAGGUGAAGAACCAGCCCUUCUUCAGCACCAUCAACUGGGGCAGGCUGGAAGCAGGUCUGGUGACACCUCCGUUCAUCCCUGAUCCUAAAACGGUGUACGCCAAGGACAUUGGGGACGUGGGCAUGUUCUCCUCGGUAAAGGGCGUGGUCAUCACCGACAGCGACAAAGACUUUUACAACGAGUUCGCCUCGGGCAACAUGGCCAUCCCCUGGCAGGAGGAGAUGAUCGAGACCGGCGUCUUUGACGAGAUGAACGUCUGGGGGGAAGACGGCAAGAUGCUGAACGAGGUGGAGGAUUCGGCCAGUAACAAGUCCGGCACAUGCACCCUCCUGUGAGGGGCCGCCGGGCCGGAGGAGGGCAACGCGGAGAGAGACACACAGUCUGCACGGAGCAGGGACUAAGAGUACAGGGCGGCGCUCCCUCAGUGCGGUGCUCCCUCAGUACCGCCCCUCCCAGUGUGAUGCUCAGUACCGCCGCCAGUGACGCUCGGUCAGUGUGUGACCCUCCCUGCAUACCGAUCCUCCCUCAGUACCGCCCCUCCCAGUGAGCAGCACUGUUGAA